CGAAAACACAAUUUGUUGUAUCAGGACUGGAUGAUAUUAAGAAAGGCAAAGUACCAAUGAAUCGUAUCGGUAUUCGCGUCGGCACAGCUAGUGAAGAUUAUUUUAAAACAGAAAUAUCUCAUGGAAAUCAAAAUUAUUAUCCUUUAAGAAGUCGGCAACAAUUGUACGAUAGUCUACUUGCCGGCAUUAUUGAUGUUGCCUUUUCAGAUACAGGAGCUGCUGAAUAUGCCAUCAAUAAUAUUUAUUGUAAUUUAACUAUCGUUGGCGAAAGUUUUGCUGCAAGUGAGUUUGCUAUUGUUACCCCUAAACAGUGGAUAUAUGCACAAGACUUAGAUGUUGGUAUAUUGUCAAUAAGAGAAUCAGGUCAACUUGAUGAUUUGAGACAAAAAUGGUUUCAAGCAAAAAAUUGCCCCUAUGACACAACACAAUCAACAGCUAUUACAGUUGAAGCAGUUGGUGGAUUAUUUGCUACUUUUGCAGUUAUUACUUUUAUAGCAGUAUUAUUAUAUUUAUGGACUAAAAGACGUAAUAUUAAAAAUUAUUUAUCAAAAUUUAUACAUAAAAAAGAAUCAUUAACCAAUGCAAAAUACUCCAAGAAAAGAAGUUCAAACGAAAAUUCUGAACAUGUACAAAAAGAUCAAGUAGUCUUGCGAGAUAUUUCAUACUUUUAA